AUCUUUUUAAGCUCGGCGUCGGGCCCUGCAAGUAUAUUAAACUAAGCAACCGUUUGUUGUUGGCUUCCUGUCUGCUUUAUUCAGACACAUUUAAUCAUAAAGGGCUUCUUAGUACAUCGAUUAAAACUGGGAUAGAAUUUCUUAAUGACAUUCUUCAAUUCUUAAAUGUUUUCUUAAACUGAACUUUGGCGGGAUUGCAGUUUUGUAUUAAAUGAUCGCGAGUAAUGAAGAUGCAAUAAUCAGAAAAGGAGAUAAUUUCCGGAAACCCAAGGAAACUGCAGUCAGUGGUGAGAAAUGCUACAGGACAGAAAUACUAUCUGGGGGUCGGACGAGCCCAGCAGAGGCUACCGCAGACGCCACUUCACUGAAACCCGCGGCCGGGAGGCAGUUUACAAGCCGCACAUACGGCACAUGCAGCCAAACUACACCGAGGCCGAUUGGCGCAUCAUCCGUCUGACUUGCAGAUGCGACCUUGACUGGAAGUCCCGUCUCCGCCGGCUGCCGCAGCCCCGCUACGGCGACGCUCCGUUUCCCCACAUCAAAGCCAUUAAAUUCCCCGAAGAGAUCAGGCUGCUGAGGUCUUUUCCUAACGCCAAUAUGGUCUCCGGUUCCGAAUGGACUUUCUACCCCAACCUCGGCCACGCCGCCGCCUUCCAUGUGGGUAAGCGCUGCCUGUUUGAUGGGACGCAGCACCGCAGAAGCAUGAGGAGCAGCUCCCACACCAGCCUGGAGUCGGUGUUAGGCCAGAAGAAGCGGGUCAGGUCCAGCAGGCACCCAGAUGAAGCUGCAAAGCCAUAUCUGAACCCCGAAUACACUACCGACUUCCACAAAUACGGUACUACGCUCCCAGCUAUAGGUUUCGGGUCCUCCGCUACCCUGAAGGCCGACACCUUCGUUGCUCUGUCUCCUCCACUGGCCCCAGCAUGUAUGUGUUAUGGGGAGAAGGAGAAGAUUAAACAGCGAGAGGCGCAUAUCCUGGAAGUGAAGCAACUAAGCGAAUGGAAUCCAGCAGCAUCCGUCUUUGACUUGUGAUAAAACGUAGCAACUCUGGCAUGGCAAGAGGACUCUAUGGCAGGCAGACAAAGGCACAGCGUGUGUGUGAUUUUAGGACAUAGCAAACGUAUAAAAAUAAAUGUUUAUAUGUGUGUGAUCCUUAUGUGAAAAUUUCGAGUUGAAUGAUUGACAUCUUACUAUCCAAGAGAUGAUGUGGGUGGUAAGUCUGUAAAAGGGAAAGAAUUGCGUGUUUUACAGAAACUAGCAUAGUGCUUUUCAUAAAUGAGACUUACUUUAUAUGACAGCGAAGUGAAAAAACACCGUUAGCCAGUGAACCACCAUGCUGCUCUGCAGGCUGAACAGCAACCCAAAAUUUGCCUUAAUUGAUCAUAACAAGCAUAAAUAGCAAAAUGAAUGUGUGAUGUUUUCAUGUGUCUUCUAACUGCUUACCCAGUUCUGGCACUUGGGGGGCCCGGGACCCCUCCCAGCAAGGCAGAGGAACACCUUAAAUGGUAUGCCAGUCCAUUGCAGGGCACAUGCACACAUUAUGGGCAAUUUUAGAGACACCAUUUCAGUAAACGGCAUGUCUUCAGAUUUUGGGAAAAUAUCGAGAGGAAACAGGAGGAGAGCCUGCACUCCUGGGCAAAAAAUGAGCCAAAUACAAAUUGCACAACAAUAAGCUAUGGCCCAUUUUUUUGCCCAGAAGUGUACAGACUCCACACCCAUGUGCAGCAUUUUAGCCCCCAAGGUAUGGGACAACCAAAUAAAAUGGAAGAAAUCAUCA